CCAAAUCCAAUAAUUGCCUGUAAUAAUUUUGCUCUCGGAGCUCAAAUUUUUUCCAGAAAAAAAAAAUAUAUAUAUUUCAAUUGCUGUUCAAGCUUCUGCUCUCUUGCACCAACAAUGCAGUGCCUAUUGCAGAGUCAAGCUCUCCUACAGUACAUGUUGGAUACCAGUGUAUACCCAAGAGAGCAUGAACAGCUCAAGGCUUUAAGAGAAGAAACAAUGAAGCACAGCAGGUUUUAUAUGAUCGUGCCUCCAGAAGAAGGCCAAUUCCUCUCUAUGCUUCUCAAGUUGAUGAAUGCAAAGAAAACUAUUGAAAUUGGAGUCUUCACAGGCUACUCACUCCUCACUACAGCUCUUGCAUUACCAGAAGAUGGCAAAAUAAUGGCAAUCGACAUUGACAAAUCCAACUACGAAAUUGGGCGACAAUACAUUCAGAAAGCUGGCGUUGAGCACAAGAUCCAGUUCAUUGAAUCUCAGGCUCUUCCUGUUCUUGAUAAAUUGAUUAAGGAGUUGAAGGAAGAAGAAUUGUUUGAUUUUGCAUUUGUGGAUGCUGAUAAAGUGAACUACAGCAAUUAUCAUGAGAGGGUGAUAAAGCUUGUCAGGAUAGGUGGACUGAUUGUGUAUGAUAACACACUUUGGGGAGGCAGCGUCGUCGGGCCAGUGAAACCUCAAUUUCCGGGUCCGUUUGAGGAAGCUCGAGAUAGCAUAAUGCGUCUCAACAAUGAAUUAGCCUCGGAUCAUAGGAUCGAAAUGUCACAAGUUUGUAUCGGCGAUGGCAUCACCAUUUGCAGGCGAAUCAAAUGAACAAAGAAGCUUGUAAUUCAGCUGAAACCUAUGUUUAUGGAGUUUGUAUCUACUUCUUUUUCUUUACCGUGAACUUUGAAUGACAUUGAAUCUGUGAUUUGCCAUUAUGCCUGAAUUUUAAGGGUUUGACAUCAUGUGAAGCUCUGAUGUUUGCUUGUUAUGUUAUUAAGAGCUUUGUUUUUGCC